AUGUUCUCAAUCCUUCUAAUCUCCCUGGUAGUCGGAAACGUCACUACGAUUCCAAUUCAAAACGCGAUCCUUGGUAAGUGUCCCGAGUUUUUCUGAAAAAUGCUAUAAACUUUCAGGCAACGUACAAGUCGAAUGUGAUUCUCGCACAAUUUCCAUCCAAAUCAAAACUGAACGUCCAUUCGUCGGAACUGUUUUUGUCAAAGAUUUCGCGUCGGAUAGAGUAUGUAGUUCUAGAGGAACCGGAAAACUUUCCGCUUUUUUGAAUUUCGAAAUUGGACUCUGCGGGGCGUUUCGCCAGAGAAUUCUCAACCCGAAAGGCGCAGUAGUGAGAACAACGAUUACGAUCAGUUUUCACGUGGGUUCAAUGUGACUGUUCCCUCAAAACAUACGAGUUUGUAGCCAUAUUUCAUCACAAAAGUCGAUCGAACCUAUCACAUCGUUUGUUUGUAUAAAGAAGCCGAGGCGACUGUGAGCAACGACAUUUCAGUGGAUGAUAUCGCAACUGUUACAGCGACUCGAAAUCUUACCAUGCCCGUGUGCACUUAUCAGGUUACAAACUUUUUAAACACCUUUUUCUUUUAAAAAAGCAUAAUUUGAAUUGAAGAUUCUGGAAGGCGGACCCGCCGGCGAACCGGUUCAAUUCGGUAUCAUCGGCCAACAAGUAUAUCACAGAUGGAAGUGUGAAACUGCAAGUGGUUUGUGAUGCCUCCUUGUCUGCUCUUCAACACUUAUUUCAGAAGCCUCCCUGUGUAUGCUUGUACACACAUGCUCCGCUGACGAUGGAAAAGGAGAUCGAGCAUUCUUGAUUGACUCGAAUGGAUGCGCCAUUGAUCGAUUUCUGCUUUCGAAUAUUGAAUAUCCGGAGAAUCUUCUGGCGGGACAGGUAAGAUCAUCUCGACUCUUUCGCCAUCUAACUCGAUCAGGAAGCCCACGUUUACAAAUUUGCCGAUCGUGACGCCCUGUUCUUCCAAUGUCAAAUAUCCAUAACAGUGAAAGAGCCCGGAGAAGAGUGUUUGAGACCAGUUUGUUCUCCGGAUACCACCGACAAACCGGAAGGCGCUGGGGCACCACCAGUUGGAUCUAGUCCUGGACCUUAUGGUAACAACAAGACAGGAUCUUUGGACGGUACGAGAAUCUUCUGUUUCAGAUUCAUCGAAAAAGAGCCAAGCGCGUUCCAAACGAGGCGUAUUUGGCAAGAAUGAGAAUGUUGUCGACGUCCGAACCCGCUUGUCCGUCGGCACAAACGCAGAUUUUCACAGCGGCAGGAAUAGCUCCGAAGACAUUUGUAUUCUAUUCACAAACCUGUACAUGCCGUUCGUUUUGCUCUAUCUUUUGUAUGUUGCUCUCACAAUCGUCAUAACCAAUUUCCUCAGUUUUUCUCGUCGAAAAUAAACGUUCUAAUGUACUGUUUUCUCUACAAAAGGUGAUUUGAAAUGGGGGUGAGGUGGCGUGAUUGACGAGAAACCGAUCAUCUCAAUUUGAACUCUCAUUAAUCAUUCUGAUCAAAUGAAAUGAAAACCAAUCAGUUUUAGAUGAUACUGUGCGUAUUUUUACGGUUGCAAAGUAGUAUUGAAACGUUUGGAAAUCAUGUGAUUGUUGUUUCUUCUUCACAUUUUUCCGUCCCUACAACUAUUGUACAAUCCCAUCAUUUACGACACAGAUCGUGGCGAGUGGUGCGUUUAGUGCCGAGGAGCAAGCGAAGGGUGUCCGUUCACACAUUUAUGAGCCGUUAGCAACUUUUUUUUGUGGUCAUAUAGUCACCCUGCUAGACCAUCUGCAUUCCAGGGCGAGAGCUCUCCGCUGAAACGGUUUUUUCGCAUGUUGUAAUAAAACGGAGCAGCUGGCCGAGAGUCGUCUUCCCCUCUUCGCGUGUGUUCGGACUUGGUUGCUCCGUUGCUCCUCUUUAUCUUUAUCGCUCUGUCAUGUGACGCUUUUGAAACACACAAACAUACAGAUGAGAUGAAGUAGCAAUUGCAAUUUACACUGGCACAGAGAUUGAUAGUCUUUUGUUGUGAGCUGUGCUCCCUCUUCUAUCGUGUACCAACCUUGAAAACAGCUUUCUGUAGAGGCAGACGUUUUUUACGUCUACAUUCACAGUCGAAAUCGAGCCGGCUUGAAAAAGAACCCCCCCCCCGUUUCUUAAAUUUUGUGUCCAUCCAAACAAUCAGCCACAGCAAAAGUUCCAUCGUCAUCGGAGGCCUCGUUAGCGCGACGGCGGCUCCGGAUGUUCAUGGUGCUCCCCUCGCACUAGAGGAUGGAGGCCCCACACAUGUUUGGUUCUGCAUCAAUCACGCGUAAUGAAUUCCCGACCCCCCUCUCUUUCCACUUCCCCUCCGCUCAUACUUUUGCCACAAUUUCGACCAAUUUCAAUUGCCUACCCUACAUAGCCUUGUGAGAUCACACCUUUUUUCUGGUGUGUUGAUAUUGUAGGCCCACCCGUUAGUGUACAGAUAGUUAAGCGAGGGCGAGAAGAGAUUAGUUUUCGAGUGUGUGCCUGUGUGCGUCGUCCUCUUUCACUUUUGUAUGAAUUAUUCAAAUGAUGCUCCUCACUAUGAUUAUUCAUGAAUAUUCCCCCCUCCGCUCCAUAUACCUCUGCUGGUAGACCCCCCUCUCCCCCUCUGCCAAUACCUUUUGAACUGACUUCUGCUCGCUUUCCCCCCAGCUCUUUUUUGUCGUCCAAUUUUUCUGUUUUCACAAAAAAACGACGGUUUAUGGGGGGUGGUAGACGUUUUGUGUUGAAAGUUGAGAGUAAGGCACGAGACAGCGUCGGAGGACAGCAGUGCAAUUUCAGCCAAUUUCAUUUUAUUUGUUUGACAGUCGAUGGGAAAUCGAAUGUUAAACUGAACUGCCUACGCCUACGAAGUUCUAGCUCUCAACUGCACAGCUACGUUCUUUCACGGAAAAGGUAUCAAAUAGGAAUGCGAACCGAAACCUCAAAGUUCAAGUGUUUGGUCCACUCCUACUGCUAAUCCUAGGUUGUGGCCGCGGAAGAAGUUCCCACGACAGAGUAUAGCUAUUCCCAAAUUUGUCUUUCACAAACUUUCUCACCUAUUGCCGCCUGCUUCUCAAAUCCGGCCAUCUCAACUCCUCACACACACACACAAAAAAACGCCUGAAAGGACCCCGCCGCCUCCCAACCGUUAUCGUCGUGCUGCGAUCGUCGGCGGCGGCGUCGGUCGUAAGGAAGGCGGCGUCGCCUCUUCUGACCACACCCUGGGGCACUGCUGACACGCUUUAUGAAUCCAUUCACAUUAUUCGCGCCGGCCCCCUCUUCCUUUUCAUCGCACCCAACACACAUUUGAUGAUGAACGGCGAUUCCGUCAGUGUGUGUGUGUGUGUUAAUUUCAAAACGGUUACCACCCUAGCCCUACUCUCUCUCGUACUGUUUGUCUGUUUUAGAGGAGGAGAGCUCUGAAGGACGACAAGCGGGCCGAGGAGGAUAGUUCAUAGAGUUAUCAGUAGAGUUACGCAAACUCUCAAACUGUUUACUCUCAGUUCUCGUGGCGACGGAGAGAAGGUUGCGCCCCGGCUGCUGCGCUCGCUACUUGUGUGAUCAAAAAUGCUCCAAACCGCUUCUCUUUUCAAACCUGGAGUUUUUAUUGAUUGCCUUUCUUGAAGAAGAGAUUCUCUUCAUCAACAAUUUCGAUUGCUUACGAUCCUUAUUCAUCACGCAAUGUUGUCAUAGCUCUGAGCUCAGACGCCUAAGGUCCCCGUCUCAAUUGUCCAGGUCCACCAUCACAAUGUAUUCGAGGCAGUUCGGCGCCUUGAAGAGCGAUAUAAAUUUCAAUGGCCUCACAGAGCCCUCCUUCCUCGACUCGUCGCGCCGUUUCCCGUGA